ACCAAUAAUUCAACUCUCGAAUUCUUCAACCACCCUUUUUAAUAUUUUCCUAUUAGCAGCCUUCUAUCUAUAUACUCUAUCCUGUCUCACUCACAAUUAUGCAGUCCAAAAAACUUUCGUGUAACAAAUUUUAUAACAUGAUCAUAUAGUCCCGUCGGGAUAUACGAUAAAAUUGGAGCUAAGAUGAUUAUACGUCUUCGAAUUCUUGUCCUAGCUUCUUUUCUUAUUACGUUUCCAAUUCCAUUUUAUGCCUCAACAAUUUUUACUUUAUCAUCUGAAGAUUCACUUUCAGCUCCACAAGAUUCAAUUACAUCACCAAAUGGAAAAUUCACUGCUGGUUUUCAUUCUAUUGGUGACAAUGCAUAUUUAUUUGCUAUAUGGUUUACUAAGCCAUUGGUUGAUAGAACCAACACAGUUGUUUGGAUGGCUAACCGUGAUCAACCGAUGAACGGACAAAGAUCACAUCUGUCGCUGCUUAAAUCAGGCAACCUCGUACUGAUUGACGCGAAUCAGAUCAAUGUUUGGGAAUCAGGGACAGAAUGGUCGACUUCUUCGGUUGAGUUAAGCUUGUUGGAUACUGGGAAUCUUGUUCUAGUGACUUACGAUGGUCAAAGAUUAUGGCAGAGCUUUGAUUCUCCUACGGAUACACUUCUUCCUGAUCAACCACUUACUAAAACAUCGAAGCUUGUGUCGCGUAGAAGCUUGAGUAAUUUUUCCUCAGGGUUCUACCAGUUGCAUUUUAAUGAAGAUAAUGUCCUGCAUCUUGUCUAUGAUGGUAUUGAGAUGACAAGUGUAUUCUGGCCAAGUCCGUGGUUGAUUGUUUGGGAUGCAGGUCGUUCCACCUACAAUGACAGCAAAACUGCAGUUCUUGAUCGUUUUGGCAAUUUUAUGUCGAGUGAUGAAUUUGGAUUCCAAUCUUCUGAUUAUGGUGUGGAAUUGCAAAGAAGAUUUAGCCUGGACAUUGAUGGCAACCUUCGAUUGUACAGCCUAGAUAAGUUGAGCAACACUUGGAAAGUUUCUUGGCAGUUAUUUAUAUCAUCCUGCAGGAUUCAUGGAGUUUGUGGAUUGAACAGUUUGUGUUCCUAUGAUUCCGUCUCUGGCAGAAAAUGCUCUUGUGUACCAGGAUACAGGAUGAAAGAUCCCAAAGAUUGGUCAUAUGGCUGUGAACCAGAAUUCAAGGUUUCUUGCAAUGAUACGAGCUCGUUGGAUUUCCUCCCUCUUCGCCAUGUUGAGUUUUACGGGUAUGAUAUUGCAUAUUAUCGCAAUAAAACCUUGCAAGAAUGCAAAGAUUUGUGCUUGAAACGUUGUGAUUACAAAGGUUUCGAAUAUAAGUUUGUUGAAGGUAAUGGUACCUACAGUUGUUACCCGAAAACACUUCUGUUCAACGGAUAUGUUCAGUCUAGUUGGCCUGAUUUUGUUUACCUUAAAGUGCCUAAAACACGACAUGCCUGGCAGGAGCAGUAUCAAGGAAACCUCCAUUGCAACGGUAAAAAAGUGAUUCUGGACAGAGCUUACGGAAGCAAAGAACAUAACGGAUGGAUAAAGUCAUUCAUUUGGUCAGUUGUUUUAGGUGGAGUCUUUGAGAUUCUCUGUGUUCUAACUUACUUUUAUAAAACGAGAAAAAGUUCAAACGAGACCACGCAAGGGUACCUUCAACUUUCGACAAGAUUCAAGAAAUUCACCUAUGCUGAGCUAAAGAAGGCCACUUCCAAUUUCAGCGAAGAGAUAGGCCGAGGAGGCGGUGGCAUUGUGUACAAAGGGAAAUUGUCUGAUGGCAGAGUUGCAGCUAUAAAGUUUCUCUAUGGAGCCAACUCUCAAGGAGAAGCGGAAUUUCUCGCAGAAGUGAGCACUAUAGGCAACCUUAAUCACAUGAAUUUGAUAGAGAUAUGGGGAUAUUGUGCUGAGGGAAAUCAGAGGCUUCUAGUGUAUGAGUACAUGGAGUAUGGUUCUUUGUCAGAUAAUUUGAAUGCCAACAAUCUUGAUUGGGAAAAAAGGUAUGAAAUUGCUUUGGGAACAGCCAAAGGACUUGCAUACUUGCAUGAGGAGUGCUUAGAAUGGGUCUUGCAUUGUGAUGUAAAACCUCAGAACAUACUUUUGGAUUCCAACUACAGGCCAAAAGUUGCUGAUUUUGGGCUUUCCAAGAUAUUGAAUAGAGAGGGCCUGGAUAACUCCAACUUUUCCAGGAUAAGGGGAACGAGAGGAUACAUGGCUCCAGAAUGGGUUUUCAAGAUGCCUAUUACCUCAAAAGUGGAUGUUUAUAGUUAUGGCAUUGUUUUAUUGGAGAUGAUCACGGGCAAGAGUCCGGAAGUUUGUGGUGGCUCCGGGGAUGAUGAUGCUAUGGGACUUGGGUCGUUGGUCACUUGGAUUAGAGAAAAGAUGUGCGAAACAAAUGAAAGGAAAUCAUGGAUUCAAGAUAUUGUAGAUCCAGCAUUGGAUGGUAAAUUCGACUUGGAGAAAAUGGAGAUUCUAUUAAAGUUAGCUUUGCAGUGUUCAGAGGAAGACAGUGAUGCAAGACCUACGAUGUGCGAGGUGGUGGAUAAAAUGGUUCAUCCAAAAAUUUUCGAGUUGAAAGCAGACAUGUUAAUGUAGUUUCUCAAGUUGUAAAUCUUGCUAAAGUUGAUCUUAGAAUGAUUAGGUAUGUUAAUACAAGUUUAUAUGUAAAGUGGCUUGAGUAGCAUAUGCAUCUGAACUCCAGAAUGUGACUCCUUAGAUAGUGACAUAGUAGUUUAUUAAGUAACAAUUUUCUGCAAUAUA